AAUGUCGUAUAAUUCAUACAUGACAAGUAAGUUAUAGGUUAAUGUGUUGUCAUAACAUUGAAUAAUAAGGAGACUAUUAUAUUAUUGAUAAAAAAUAUAUAUUCAUAUAAUGACCAAAUUAAUGGAAUGGGUGUUUUGUCUGGGACUAUUUUUAGGUCCAUGGACAGCUGCAAUAACCGGCACAAUAAAAUCACCAUGGGUUAAUGAACACCGGCAAUUAUUAUUAAUAUUACCGAUUAUUUUAGUUAUUAUUUUUGGUAUAUAUGCUGUUACUGUGGUACUAUACCGUACAUUUACUUUUAACAAUUGCGAGGAAGCCGCCAAACAACUUCAGCAACAAAUCGCACAAGCGCAGGCUGAAUUGAGAAUAAAAGGGAUUUUACCACGUGAUCCAAAAGGUUCUGAAUUAAUGUAAAUAAUUUUAUAAAUAAAAAAUUUUUAUUAAUUACAUAAUUUAUAAAUUAUAAAAUUAA